AACCAAUCGGAGGGAGGGUUCGCGCUUGCGCCCCGCCCGGCUUAAAGGAGCCCCCGUCACAUGGACAGCAGCCAAUCAACGCGCGGGGCGGAGGGGGAGAACGCGCUGGCCACGCCCCGGCCCCGCGCCCUGAGCCGGGAGCGCGCCUGCGCGGCGUCACGAGGCACUGAGCGACGGGAACGUGCGGGAGGGGUCGCGUGUGCGCGGGCGCGCGCCCCACCGCCUCACUCAGCCCCGUGACCGGAGCCGGCGCCAGCUGCGGCUAAGGUGACACCAUCAAUAAUUGAGUGGGCAGCAGGGCUGGGCACCACUUGGGGCCACGCAGGUCUGCCUGCUGCCUGCCUGCCUGCCUCCUGCCUGCCUCCUGCCUGCCGCCUGCCUGCCGCCUGCCUGCCUCCUGCCUGCCUGGAGCGUAGGGACAGCCCCCAAACUGCAAUGGUGUCACCAGCGAUCGCCCUGGCCUUCCUCCCCUUCCUCGUCACCCUGCUGAUCCGCUACCGGCACUACUUGCUGCUGCUGUACCGGGCGGUGCUGGUGGGCUGGCUGCGGGACCGGCUCACCGGCGUCCCGCGGGAGCAGCGCGCCUUCCAGUACCUGCUGGCCCACGCCAUCCCCGGGGACCCCCGCCACGUCCUGCAGACCUUCGACCAGUGGUGCUACCACUGCGAGCACCUCAGCAGCGUCGGGCCCGUCAAAGGGAGGAUCGUGGAGCGGCUGCUGUACGAGCGGGCGCCGCGGCGCGUGCUGGAGCUGGGCACCUACUGCGGCUACGGCACGGUGCUGCUGGCGCAGGGGCUGCCCCCGGGCGCCCGCCUCUACACGGUGGCAGUGGAUCCCCGCCACGCUGCCGUGGCAGAGAAGGUCAUCCGCCUGGCCGGCUUCGACGAGCAGACGGUGGAGCUGAUCGUGGGCCCCUCGGAGGAGGUGAUCCCCCGGCUGAGGGAGAAGCACGGCCUCCUAAAGGCCGACUUCGUCUUCAUGGAUCACUGGAAGCGCUGCUACCUGCGGGACCUACAGCUGCUGGAGACCCACCGGCUGCUGGCCGAGGGGGCCACCGUCCUGGCCGACAACGUCCUCUUCCCUGGCGCGCCCCACUUCCUGCAGUAUGCCAAAACCUGUGGCAAAUACCGCUGCAAGGUGCACCGCGCCAGCCUGGAGUACUUCCACGCCAUCCCUGACGGCAUCGCCGAGCUCUGCUAUGUCGGGAAUAGCUGAGCCAGGCAAGGAGCUCGCACCGGGUUCCCGAAUAACCAACCAUGCUUGGCCGUAAAAACGGGCUCUGGAGAAAACACGGUGGCUGCUGUGGUCUGUGGUGGGGCAUGGCGGUGGAAAGAUGGGGGCCUUGCUCCCCGUACAGCUCCUUCUGGAGCUGCUUCCCCCUGGCAGCCGUGCAGGAAGGUCUGCGGGAGACCCCGGCUCUCCCCGCCAGACACAGACCCUCGGUCGCCCGAGCGGCACCCCUGUGGCUCCCAGAGCCCGCCAUGGUGCACCUCUGACACCAAAUUUGGGGGCUUUUGUUU